AUGAAGACGUGGGAGAACCACGUGCGCCGCGCCCGCAUCCGCGGCCCCGGCAUCGGCCUGCUGGUAGAGCACGGCCCUCACGUCGUGCUGGCUUGUGCCACGCUGCCGAGCAUGAGGAAGAGUCGCUUCGUGGGAGAGGAGCAAGAUAAUUCCAUUUACAAUGCGGGCAUCGGUAGCGUCUCUUGGGUCAUCAAGCGUUGGUUCCCCAAUGCGGUGAGAAUAUCCAGUGCAUGGAUCCACCGGCGUCAUCCCUCCAUCGUGCAGACGGAUUGGGUGUAUAUCGAGGGCGAGAAUAGAGGAACUGAUAGGGGAAAUGUGGCGAAGCGCAUCGAGAAGACCAUCCAGAUCUUGAGAUCUCAGGACAGUGGCGUCCGCACAAUCGUGUUCUGCAACACCGGAGACGCGUGCCUGGCGGCGGCUACUGCUUUCAAGGCAGAGGGCAUCGAGACUGCACAAGUACAUCAGUGGCUGGACUUCGACGAGAG